GGAGGAGGAGCGACAUCGACCAGAGAGGAAGGGAGGGGAGACACUGGGGCCAUGACAGAGACGUUCUCCUCUAUCGAGCCUUCUUAUCCCAGAUCCCAGAGCUGAACAUCUGCAGACACUCAGAACAGGAAGAUGAUCCGCCGUGUCCUGGAGCGACCGUGCACGCUGGCAAUGCUGAUCGGCUUCCAGUUUGCUUUUAUGGUGUAUUUCUCUUUCGGUGGACUGCGCAGCCUGGCCUCCAUCUUUGGACGAUCUUCAGAACCCAACUUUGAUUAUACCCGGACCCAUGAUAUCUACACCAACUUCACCCGUCUACAGGCUACACUGCACCCCAAAAUGCAAGUGGGGGGUUUACUGCCAUGGUGCCCAGAAAAAUCACCACAUUUAUUGGGCCCCAUAACCGUCACCUUUAGUCGGGUCCCCACUCUCCGCCGGAUACAGGAGAAGAAUCCUUUGGUCAGAGCGGGCGGUAGAUACCAACCUCCUAACUGUGAGUCGCGCCAUAAGACAGCAGUGAUCAUCCCUCACCGGAAUCGGGAGACGCACCUGAGGCACCUGCUCUACUAUCUGCACCCGUUCCUGCAGCGCCAACAGCUGAACUAUGGCAUCUACAUCAUCCACCAGUCAGGGAACUCCACCUUUAAUCGCGCCAAGCUCCUGAAUGUUGGGGUGAAGGAGGCGAUGAGGGACGAGGACUGGGACUGCCUCUUCCUCCAUGACGUGGACCUCAUCCCAGAGAAUGACCACAACCUGUAUCUAUGUGACCCCUGGAGCCCCAAGCACGCGUCCGUGGCCAUGAACAAGUUCAGCUACAGCCUCCCAUAUCCGCAGUAUUUUGGGGGGGUAUCUGCUGUGACCCCUGAACAAUACAUGAAGAUGAAUGGCUUCCCCAAUGAGUACUGGGGCUGGGGAGGCGAGGACGAUGACAUAGCGACCAGGGUCCGUCUGGCUGGGAUGAAGAUCGCUCGUCCGCCUGUGUCCGUAGGUCAUUAUAAGAUGGUGAAACACAAGGGCGACAGGGGAAACGAGGAGAACCCCCACAGGUUUGAUUUACUGAUUCGGACCCAGCGGAUGUGGACUCAGGAUGGGAUGAACUCCCUGUCAUACAAACUCCUGUCCAGACAGCUGGAGGGCCUGUACACAAACAUCACUGCGGAUAUCGGUGUGGACCCCAAAUCCCAGAAGCCCCUGAGAACACGGGGCCCCACCCCCCCACCAGUAAAACAUCAGAGCAACAGCAGCAGCGGAGACGGCACCACCAGGGGGAAACUGACCGUGUCUGUCCAGUCCUCCAUCAACAACUCUGCGGCCGAGGCCGAGAAGAAAGGAACGGCGCCGCUCCCCGCCCAGGACACAGCCCCCACCAGGAGGGUCCGGCGGGAGGGCCAAGAGACCACCGACACCCCAGAGAAGAGGCGGAAGAACACAACAAAGACCACACAAGAAAAUCACAGAGCGGAGUCUGGAGACGACCUACAGAGGAGGCCGCACAACCACACGGCCCGCAGGGGCCCCGGGGCCACACACCUCUGAGCUACAUGAACAAGGAUGGGUCAAUCCACAGACACAAAGCCUCUGCCGUGUAUCUAUAGGACAUCUGGGGUGUCGCCCCCUGGUGUCGGUGCACAGGAUCCGUCACGUGUAGAGAUUUCAGGUCAUUAUGGCUGGACCGGUGCGGAAACACAUUGUGACGGACUCCAAGCUACCCCUCCCCCGGCUGAUAUAAGAAUGUCG